CUCCUCGGCGGGGAAGACCUCUUCAAGCGCAUUGGUGAGGGUGGGAAGGUAUUCAGUGCAUGGUGUCUCGACCACGACCGGCUCGGGAAGGACUUCGGCAACGACCGGCACCGCCACCGGCUCGGUCCGCCCGACCUUCUUGUUCUUAACAAAGAUUCUCUUCGUCCGCACCACCGGCUCGGCGAUGGCGACUUCAGCUGCAGGAACAAUCGCCGGCUCGGACACAGAAACGACGGGUCUGAUCUCAGGAGCAGCCGCUUCGAUAGCUGGGAGCACUGGUCUCGGGAUCUCAGUCACGACGAUGCUGCGCUUUCGAUUGCGCGUGGUGGCGACCAGCGACAUGCCGCGCGGGCGAGUUUGAGCGGGGACAGUGAGGGGGGCUUGGAAGACUGGUUCUACUUCCAUGAAAGGCCUAGACUCUUCGCCCUGCACCGGCGCGAGGGCCACUUCGUCUUGUGGGUCCGCUGUGAGAACAGCGGUCGGCUCUUGCUCAGGCACGAAGACGACGGCUGGAGCUGGAGCUGGCUCUGGGAUCGACGCAAGAACUUCAGUGGCUGCGAUGAGUUCCUCUGCAGGCACCACCGGGAUUGGAAUGACGACGGCGGGUUGCGGCGCGACGACGACUGGUUCCGGAGGCGGCACGACAGUCUGUAUGGGUUCCACAACUUCUUGUUUUGCAUAGAAGGCCGCUGUAAGCGAUCGGCCAGGUGGACUCGCAGACAGAGGGACAGGCGGCACCACGUUCGCCGGCCCGUUUUGGAGAUAAAAGUCGUGGAUGGGCGGAACGAACGGCGACGGCGCGACGAUCUCGACCGGCUCCUCUACCUCGACCUCCUUGCGGACGAACUCCAUCGUCCCGCUCCGCUCCUCCUCGUCGCUCUCGAAUCCAUCCGUGCUGAUACGCGUCUCGAGCCCCGUGCGCUUCUGCACGAGGAACGAGAGGAACAGCGCCCGGAUCUUCAGCACGUCCCCGCGCGCCGACAGGAUCCCCUGGGCCGUCUCAGGAUCCGCACCGAACACCUGCAGCGCACGCUCGAGUGUCCAGUUGGGCGCCAGCGCGUGGGGCUUGGGGCGCGGGUACGCGAGAACCAUGUACGCCUUGUCGGACUCCGACAGACUCACGUUCGCGGGGAUCUGCACGCGCUGCUCGUUGAGCGCAGGGGGCAGGAAGUACGCCAUGAUCGAGCUUGGGUCGACCGCGGGGAAAUUGGACACGCUCGUGGUGCUGUAGUGGUCGACGACCUGCGUCUUGGUCAUGUCGGCGCUCCACCCGAGGCUGCUGGCGAAGUGGGCGUGCACUGCGUUGGCGUCGAGAGUGACUGCGCCGCCGUGUGCUGGGCUUUGGUGUCUGUCGGGUCAAUCGCGAUCAGCGUCAUAGUCUGCCGCCCAGUCUUGGUCACUCACUCGUGCAUCAAGCCGAGGACAUGCCCGAACUCGUGCAGGAUCAGGCCGCGUUCUUCCUGCGUUGUCUGCGCUGAAUCGGAAACCCAUCCGAGGUUCAGAGUAGGCUGAUUCUUCGGAACCUCGAGUGCUUCCAGGCCGACUGCGAGGAAUGAUCAGCGGAUUCCACACCACGAACAAGAGGAGAUGAGCACACACCAUAGCUCCAGGAACCUUGCUGGGUGUUGAACGAGAUGCGCAGAAUGCCGGCGAGAGCGCGUUGGAAGGUGAUAUUUGCGUAAGGGAACCACUCGAGGAUGGCUCCGUCGACUUUGGCUUGCUGGGCGGGCGUGCCGUUGAGAUACGAGUAGGUGAUGGUCUGGAGAGCGGUUCUGUGAGUCGUAUAGUCUCUCUGUGGAUUGUGGACAGCUGCUUACGGCCCCGCUGUCCCAGAGCUGGUCGAGCUUGCCGACGACGGCUUCGGCGCCGGUUACCCUAGGCACACCACCCACCGCACCGACGAUCGCCUCGUUGCUGACGGUGACGGAGGGAGCCUUCUGGGCUUCGGUAACCGCCAUCGCACACACUUUGGGUGUGCUAUCAGGAAUAUAGGAUGAAGAAAUGUUGGUUUGGGGGUUAGCUCGGAACAUAUUUGCGUGUUAUGAGAGUGCGAGCUCGAUUUGAGAGGUUUAAAUGAGUGUUGAGCUCGAGUUGAGUCUUUGGGAUGAGGUGUUGAGGUUCAUCCCGCCCUCCUUUAAUACGCUCUACACUGGC